GGUUGUCUGGUUAUUAAUAUUGCAGCAGUAUUAUACUAUGCAAAUAUACUCCGCCGGCUCCCUAGUGUUUUAGUGUGUCUGUGCGCACAACAUAAGUAGGCUUUUUUAAUUUUCCGUGCGAGGUAAACAUUUUCGGUGUGCAUCUAAACUUAGCACAUCUCGGCAAAACGUUACAGUUUAUAGGACAGCGCUGGUACUCAUCACACGUCAGUGUGUGCCAUAUGUGAGGUUGGCAACAAACACCGACAUGUAGCAAUUUUGAUACACGAUCGUCGUCCUGAUGUAGCUGUACAACGCCUGUACGUCCCACUACAUUGACACUCCGAAUUCACCUAUCACCGUAAAGAUUUAUGGACCGAAUUGUUUGUUUCAUUUGCUGGUGCACGCAACAUCCUGUAAUCAUGCAAAUAACUCUUGAAUAACACUGUUUUGCAUAAGGGUGGAUGCAUACGAGCGGGAAAGUGACGAUGUCGGGCGGAACGAUUCGACAAUCAAGAUGCUCAGGCUUAGCUAGGUGUCGGAAGCACUUUAACUCGAGUUGACUUGCUAACAUGACUACAGUGAGGAUGACCGUUCACACCUGGCGGCCGCAGUACUUGUGGCUCGCCGUCUUCUGUCUGCAGAUGACCGUGGUGCGAAGUAGCGACCGCCCGGACAUGAACACGGUGACACAAGCCUUGGAGUACGUCCAAGCGAUCGCCAGUCAGGGGGAGGGCAACUGCUCCUUCGGUCCCACCCUGGAUCUCGAGUACGACAAGGAGAGAUGGUUGGCGGAAGCUGCCGUGGCCAUCCGGGCAGCCAACCUACUGACAUCGCUCUCACGGACCGGGGAUCAAAUCAUGGGCUCAGGGGAUCAGGACGAGCAACUUCACUACACCAUCGUGAGGGCAAACGUUGAUAACAACCCCAACGUCUUCGGCUCGGCCAUCGCCUUCGACUAUCUUCUCUACCGUGAUUACGAGGUCUUCUCCCCCUACGCUUACCGGGCAUCUGACGGCACAGAGGUCAAGGAUCUUUCCAUCGGCUACAACUACCUCACCAACUCCACGGACUGGUUUUACAUUCCAUUUCUGAACUUCCAGAACGAGUCCUUCAGUCCAAACUACACUUUUCACCGAAGUCUCUCUGGAAACGCCACGUCCAUGGCUAGGUUGGGUCUCAGUGAUGGCUAUUGGACCAAACCGUACUUUGAUUGUGGAGGCGGCAACGUGUGGAUGGUAACCUUCUCCAUGCCCUUCUAUCUUCCCGCUCAGCCAGAAUCAAGCAAUAUGUCAUCAGAUGUCCCUUCAUCAGGUAGCCUCGCAUUCGGAGGUGUGACGACGAUUGAUGUAGCGUUAAGCAGUCUAGAUAUCAACCAAUGUCCCAAUCUGAACGAGAACGGUACAGGAAACCAGAACGUCUUUGAUCCGUUCGUGGACACUCACCUAUGCAAAGACACAACUGAAUGCAAGGCCAUUGCAGGGCUGGGCUUCCAGAGGGGUGCCUACAAGUGCAUCUGUCUGAAGGGGUACUACUUCCCGGACACGUCGAACCCCCACAAAGCGUUCAACGGGUCUGCGAUAGAAUACGAGUACAGUAAGAAAGUACACGGGCAUGAAAAUACUUACGACAGUGAUUUUAAUUGCCUAAAAUGCAAGAAGGAAUGCGACGACUGUGUGGAUGACACGCCGUGUUUCCUGGAGCCCUCUUCCCUGCUGUCAUACGCCGUUCUCGGUCUGACGGGGGCGUGUGUUCUGGUGUUGCUGGUCCUACUCGUCUAUACCUGGAUAAAUCGCGAGAACAAGGUAUUCAAAGCUGCAAGUCCCGGUCUGCUGUACGUCUUUAUCAUUGGCUCGGCUGUUAUGUAUACGGAGAAUAUUUUGCACGCAGCUCUGAGGGGAACGGAGCUAGGAUCCUGGUACUGUCUUUUACAGCCCUGGGCUCGGUACCUCGGUAUAGCGUUAGCCUAUGGCGCCUUACUCUUCAAAACAUGGAGGAUCACAGUGGUUUUCACUGUGCGGAGUGCCAAGCCCGUCCGUAUCACGGACAACCAGCUGUACCUGCGCAUUGGCGCGCUCGUUAUUGCAAUGGUGCUCUUCCUUGGGAUCGGGACGUAUCUCCAGCCGUCUUAUGAGGCGACUCGGCUCACGUCCGACAACCUCAAGUACAAGCAGUGCACUACCACGCUCUGGAGUUACAUCGGAGAAGGAGCUUCACUUCUUCUACUAGCCUGGGGAGUUUAUCUGUGUGUGAAAGUCAGGAAGGCGCCCUCUGCGUUCAACGAGAGUAAAUUCAUUAGCAUCUGCAUAUACAACGAGACGCUGAUGUCGGUAUUUAACAUUUUAUUGACCACUGUCGUGCUGGAGUCCGUAGAGCAGAGUGUAGCGGACAAACAAUUAAUCGUUGGAGUUUGCCGAGUCCAACUGACAGUCACCGUUAUGGUUGCUUUACUCUACGGCUCAAAGAUUUACCAUGUAAUACAAAGUCGACAUCAGAAGACAACGGGCACGCAGUUGGAGCUGAAGAAGCGGGGCAAAGGUGGCCGAGGACCCACGGCAAUAUCUGGGACAGCCACGCUGGAUUCUAUAUCGCCAACCAUUGACUUUUGCUACAAUAAUCCAGAUGUCAAAUCCGAGAUGGAACGAAUGGCGAAAGUUAUCGACUCCAUUAAAGAGGCUAUGAGACUGCACGAUGACGGAUUAAUGCAGACGUGCCUGUCUGCAUUCGAAAAGGAGCUGAGAGUUCCGCGAGCCCUGGACCGCUCGGCGAGUACCCUGGUGGGCAGUGAGGCCGACUCACCAGGCCCGUCGCACGCAGCCGCACCGUCCGCUGGUACUCGCUACCGGACCUCCAAAAGCCAAUCCACAGAGAACUGGAUUUUGAAAUGAAAUGUUUACAACUAUUUUUGGACACAAAAUAAUACACAGUAACUUGCAGUGCCUUCCUUAAACUAAAUGUAAUCUUGGACAGCUUUGAUUUAAAUAUUUACCGCCACGUGUGUGAACUAUUUAUAAUAGUUUUUUUUCUUCACCUUAAUUACGUCCUUUGUAGCACAACGUAAAUCCUUACUUUGAUUUUGUUUAAGUAUUAAAGGUAAUGCAUACCAUUUGCAAAUAUUCAAAAA